GUGCCGGUUUAGAGUGAAAUUAUUCAUUUCAUCGAUGAACUUCAGAGAGUCAACACCUGCUUUUCAGAGCUCCAAAACCAAACACUUAACAACAAAAAACAGAUCGAUCUUUGAUUAUAUAAUAAUAGACAAAACGUUGAAGGUAUCAUAGAGAGGAUGGAACAGGAAGAGCUGUCAUCGAUUGCCUGGCAUGCCAUACUUGACCAGUUGGGGGAAACACCAAAUCCUCCACCUCCAACUUUUUUCCCUGCUGGGCCACCAGCCAUCUCCCAGCCAGCAGCAGUGACUGCUCCCCCCACCUUGGUGCCAGUUGACCUUUACAGUCAGUCAGCUCCCUCCACCUUGGUGCCUGCUCAGCCCUACAAUCAGCCAGGAACAGUUAUCCAGGGACAGAACCUGUAUCAGUUUCCUGUAAACGACAUCUCCACAACAGCAGCACCAAUCACCCUAACCCCACUGACUGCUCCCUCCACCUUGGUGCCUGUUCAGCCCUACAAUCAGCCAGGAACAGUUAUCCAGGAACAGAACCUGUAUCAGUUUCCUGUAAACGACAUCUCCACAACAGCAGCACCAAUCACCCUAACCCCACUGACUGCUCCCUCCACCUUCAUGCCUGUUCAGCCCUACAAUCAGCCAGGAACAGUUAUCCAGGAACAGAACCUGUAUCAGUUGCCUGUAAAUGGCAUCCCCACAGCAGCAGCACCAACCACUGUUCCUCUUGCUGCUCCUCCAAACACAAGUAGCAACGUGAUCAAGAUUCCUGAUUGCAUGAUGCAGUACCUGCGUCCUGUUGGAGUACUGAAUGGUGUGCUGGUUUGUGAUUUUGCCCCUUCUGCUCCGCCCCUCAACACAUCCCCUCCAAAUAGAAAGAGGAAGCGUGAUGAGCAGCAGGAUAAUGACCGGUCAUACAUUAAGAAGCCACCAAAUGCCUUCAUGCUCUAUUUGAACGAGCAGAGGGCAAAGGUGAUGGCCGAAUUCAAUAUAAAAGGGAGUGCGACUGUGAAUGCGGUCAUGGGAGAGAGGUGGAAGUUGCUCUCAAAGGACCAACAGGCCAAAUAUUAUGAGAAGGCUGAGGAGGAAAAAUUUUUCCAUGCACAACAGUAUCCAAAAUGGUCUGCUAAAGAGAACUAUGGCAAAAAGAAGAAAAGUCGACGUUCCACCUGUAGCAGAGCAUCUGCAUCCAAACCUCUACAGGAAGCUCAAGAGGCCAAGUGGACAAGUGUCAAUGUCCCUGUGUGUGGCACGUUCCAGUUGCCUCAAGUAAAUGACGUCCUCCCUGCUUCUCAUGCAAACUCCUCUCCAUCCACAUCAGUGGAUCAGGUCCUCCCUGCUUCUCAUGCGAACUCCCCUCCAUCCACAUCAGUGGAUCAGGUCCUCCCUGCUUGUCAUGCGAACUCCCCUCCAUCCACUGAUGUGGGUGGAGGGGAAGCAGUUCAACGGGUGCAACUGGAAUCUAAAGAAGCAAACUUCUUCAGAGACACUGGAGAGGAUCUACAAUUAAUGUGUGGAGACCGUGAUCCCUUUCUUCCUGCUAUGACGCCUCAGGAGCCCAUCACUGCUGACUCAGGUUUCUGCACCAGUCCUCAAGGUGUUCAGAUCAGGCCUGAUUCCUCUCCAUUUGCACCCAUUGAUCCCGAGGCCAUGCUAGAGUUUGACUCCUUGUAUUUUGACAGAGAACUGUCACCAAUAGACUUCAGUAUGUUAAAUUAGCUGAAGAAUUUAACUUUCUCAAAUUAUGUAUUAACUUUGAUUUAACUGUUUAAACUCUUCAGACUUUAAUUUAACAAUUUAACUUCCAGCCCCAACCGGUCGCGGCAGAUGACCGCCCCUCCCUGAGCCUGGUUCUGC